GAUAUAUGUUCGGAAAUGCCAGUCGUUGAAAGCAUUCCCAUAGGUUGGACAAGUGAAGAUACUGAUUUGAGCUCAUCUCACACUGUAUAAUCGUCUGCAAUCAACGAUGAUAACGUCCAGAUCUUAGAAGAUAAA